AUAUGGAUUCUUCUCUCUCUCUCUCUCGAUCUCCAUCCAUAGACCAAAACGAGUGUGAGACUCUGAGUCGCAUCUUUUCUCAGAACACGCGAUUCGCUGCCAUCGCUGACCGACUUCCUUCAGAUCCUUCAUCAAAACUGCUAAGGUUACGGAUACAGAGAAUCGGAGAUGGGGCUGACCUUUACGAAGCUAUUUAGCCGGCUUUUUGCCAAGAGGGAGAUGCGAAUUCUGAUGGUGGGUCUUGAUGCCGCCGGUAAGACUACUAUUUUGUACAAGCUCAAGCUUGGAGAAAUUGUCACCACCAUCCCUACCAUUGGAUUUAAUGUGGAGACAGUGGAAUAUAAGAACAUCAGUUUCACUGUUUGGGAUGUUGGUGGUCAAGACAAGAUUCGCCCUCUGUGGAGGCAUUACUUCCAGAACACUCAGGGUCUUAUUUUUGUGGUGGAUAGUAAUGACAGAGAUCGAAUUGUUGAGGCAAGGGAUGAGUUGCAUAGAAUGCUGAAUGAGGAUGAACUGAGAGAUGCUGUCUUGCUUGUUUUUGCUAACAAACAAGAUCUUCCCAAUGCCAUGAAUGCUGCAGAAAUAACUGACAAGCUUGGGCUUCAUUCUCUCCGUCAACGCCACUGGUACAUCCAGAGCACGUGUGCGACAUCUGGAGAGGGUCUUUAUGAGGGGCUGGAGUGGCUGUCCAACAACAUUGCUACCAAGGCUUGAAAUGAAGCUCAAGGAUUUUGGUUGUUGUCUAGACUUUUUGAGACUUGCAAUUCUGGAAAGUCUAGUCACCCCUUUUGUUCAGCGACUGUUGUAAUAGCAAAAUGUUUAGAUCUAGUUAUAUAUUAUGGGUUUGUGCAAAGCCGUAUUAGCUAGUACUUUUUAUAUUUUAAACAAAAUUAUAAAUGACCGUAACACUUAUUUGGGAUUGGCAAGUAUUGGUUAUCAUUGUGGGUGUUUUUAUAUCUCAUAUCAUAUUGUAGAGCAUCUUCUCUUGAAUAAUUGAUGGUAGUCGACUUGA